CUCUUCAACUGUCUACAUGGGGAGUUUAAGGUCCUAAUCAGGAAUACAAGAGAAUUCACACCAGCCAGAGCCUAGAAAGAUGGUGUCACAGUGCACUGGCCAGCAGGAGUCUCCUGUGGACUCCUGGAAAGGGUUCAGCAAUGACUCUGGUGACGUUGAUGGCUUCUCCAGCCUCCUGAACUUUUACCAGCUCUGUAACCAAUCAGACGUCAAGCUUAGUAAGCAUAAAGCCGCCUGGAUUAACCCUGAGUACGCACAGCAAGAGCUGACAGAUUCGCCCGCUCUGGUGCCAGCAGAAACAAACCGAAGAAGCUCCUUUGUGGGGGACACCAUAAUUCCUCUGUUCCCAGUGGGAAAUACCAGUACAGAGGCAUCAAUUUCAAAGGACAAUGUGAAUUCCACAGACAGUCCCUUGGUGAUUGGUACAGGUGAAAAUUGCAGUGAGAUCUCUUUGAUGUUAAUGAAGGAGCGACUUGAACUUCCACCACACAGUUCGAAGAUGCCUGUGUCCAAGAUUUUGUCCUCCUCCCCGCAUCCUAAGAUGAGAAGUACUUUCCACCAGUUGUCCCACUGGACAGCUUCUCCAGAUACAGACCCCAAUGGAGGGGAUGAGGACUCUUCACUGCAGCUGUAUGGCUGGUGCCUGGUUUCUGGGAUGAGAUCUACUCUGUCUGACUUUUUCCUUUUUGGCAAUGCGGAAACUGCCUUCUGA